AUGAAAAAAGAUGUAGUGAAACCUCCCACAACUACCCGUGGUGUCAAUAUACAGUUAUCGUCCAAGAAAGAACAACAACAAUAUCAAUAUCAUCAACAUCAACGUGUGGAUAAUUUAAUGUCUACCGUCACGUCUCUCUCAAGCACGGGCUUUUUCCGUGAUCGCGUCACCUCUACAUUUGAUCGCAUGCAGGAACGAAAUGCACAAGAGCGGUCUGACACUCUCACCCGUCCACUCUCCGCCGUCCCUGCACAGGAGGAAAUAAACACCAUGUCCCACCGUUCACGAGAUCCAAUGGUCUCUCUUGCGGUAUUAGAGCAAAUGCGAUUGGUGUUUGAUUUAUAUGAGUGGCGACAACAGCGACAACAUCAUAAAGGACUUUCGUAUGAAAAAGGAGACACUUAUGGAGAUAGUGUGGAAGAAGAUAUGGAGGCUAUGAUGCGAUGGAAACGACAACAGGAUGAACAGCAGAAAGUUCAACGUCUUUUGCGUGCUGAACGUGAACGUGGAAGUUUACAUACUCGAACAACAACAACCACAACAAGUCCUAAUGAUGGUGUUAUUCCUGGUAUUCCUUUUUCUGUAUUUGAACAAGAAAUUGUUGAACCUUUCUUUGAUGCCCUUUUUCCACCUGAACGUUCCACACGACCUAAUACUUCCACAGUAUUGGAAAGUUUACAUGGGGAGAUUAGUUCUUCUUUAUUAAUGGGAAGAUCUGCAUUGCGGCAUAUUUCUGCAAAAUCCAUGACCUCUGCGUAUACUUCAUACCAGCGACGACGGCCAAGUCAUGUAGAGGCGGCACAGAAUCUUUUCUGUGUAAUGGAUACCAACGGUGAUGGAUUACUCUCAUGGGAUGAAUUAAGUACCUACAUUUUACAAAGUGGACAACGAUUACUUUUAUCAGAGGAGUAUGGAGAUGAUACAGGGAGUGCUAUAACGAGAUCGGAUGAUAGAGGUAUGAUGGGAAAAAAUAAAACAGAUACCAUUACCGAUUAUGCUGGUCGUACAUUACGAUUUACCCCAACACCAGCGAAUUCCACACCAUGGCAACAACAAUAUCCUCUUGUACGUUACUUAUAUCAUACGGAACCUAUUAGUCAUCUCAUCUUUGCACAUCGUGGUAGACGAUAUGUUACUGCAGCGUGGGAUGGACUGGUGAAAUUAUGGCGUGCAGAUCCUCGUCUAGCGGAUGCUUCUGGUAAACCAGCUAUUGUGCAUGAACGUACAAUCUUUGCAGCUGGUGCUCCUAUUAUAGAUAUUGUAUUAGCUCCAGAAUCCCUUGGAGAUGCAGAGGUGCUUGUGGUAGCUUCUAUGGAUGGAACUGUAACACUACUACGUCUUGGCACAGGUGAGGUACUCAAAACUUUUAUUGGUCGAUGUUUGGAACAAACAAUUACUUCUAAUAUACGUUGUGUCUCUUCUACAACAGGUCAUAAACGUUUAUGGCGUCCAGAAAAUGAAAUAGACUCUGUAGCAAUAGAAAGUGAUAUUAGUAAUAGUACAGAGAAUGCAGCUAUCGUUAUGCGACCUCAAUUUAAAGUUCGUGCCUAUCAUCGUGAGGCGAUUGAAAUGUUUUUUACUGAUGUUUCCAAAUAUUUUACUGGACUGGAUGUAGUGGCCCCAACAUAUGAACAUCUUGAAAGACGUCGACCUGUAAAGGCAGAUGUAUUAAUGGGUUUUGGUAGUGAACCUGGUGCAUUGGGUGAUUGGAGUUGUGGUGAUAAUAAUCGAAGUAUGAAGGGAAGUACACCGCGGGAUACAAGUGCUACCACAAUGUUACCAUCAUCAUCUUUUUUCACUCCACUUGUUAGUGGUGAGGAGUUAAUGAGGGAGAAGUAUAAGAAAAAGGAUGAAGAGGGAAAAAAGGAGAAGGUAAAAAAAGUCCAUAAUGAUAAUGAUGAUAAGGCUAAUGUUGAUAUGGAUAUUGAUGGUAAUGCUGAGGAGAAGAAGGAUGAAGGUGAGAUGGAGACAGAGGAGGAGGAUCAUACGAAUAAGAAGAAUUCAACUAAGAAAGAGGAUAGUACUCCUAACCAAAAGAGAGACACGAUGGAUACUAAAAAAGGUAAUGAUGCUGAAGGUACUAAAGAUGAUGAUAACAACAAUAAUAAUAAUAAUAAUAACAAUAACAAUAACAACAAUCCAAUACCACGAAAACAAGAGGGAAAGGGAAUGAAUCAUACUCUCUCUGAACCACUACGACAUCAUCAGUCCAAGAAUCGUGGAGGUGAGAAAUCUUGGUUUGCACGUUCUGUUGCUGUGGCCAAAUAUGAAAAGACGAAUUCUUCUUCUCUUCUUCCUACUGGUGCACUUCUCUUUCUUGGAUUUGAGACUGGAGUUUUGCAAAUAUAUUGUAUGCGACAACGGUGGUUUUCCAUAUCAAACCUUUCAUUAACAAGAGUAGAACCACCAGAAUUACAUGAACCAGUAUUCACAUUAACUUUACAUCGUGCUGCUAUUACACGUAUUAUUCCAAGUGAAUCUCAUGAUCUUUUAAUGACAGCAAGUGAUGAUGGUACAGUGGUAAUACGACAUAUUAGUCGUAUGCAAGUACCAUUUGUAACUCUAGGAGAUUGUAUUCUAUCAACUUCUCCUUCUACAUCUACACCUAUUCAUAGUGCUGGACAUACCAAACGUAUUACAUGUAUGUGUUGGAAUUCAGCAAGAAGUCUUAUUGUAACUGGUGGUGCAGAUCGUCUUGUUAUGUUUUGGAUGGCUUCUUCUUCUCGUCCACUCUACCGUGUAGACCUUCGUACCUUUUCAACUAGUUCAAAUAUUAGUGGUUACCCUAUUGAUGUUUCUUUUUUACAACCUCCGAGGUAUCCACUUUUGUUAUUAGUACUGGAUUCAAGACGUAUAUUAUACUUUUUUGAUUGUGUCUCUUUUCAAUGUUUACAUAUGAUGAGUGAUGAUAGUCCACAAUCACUUCGAACAGGAGAAUUACUACGUGCACGUUAUGAUAUUGUAGAUGAUCGAAUUAUUCUUGGUGGUCGUUAUAUACGAUUAUGGGAUAGUCAACAGAAUGAUGAAUAUCCAGAUGACUACCGUGGACACCGUCGUCCAGUUGUGGCUCUUGCUUUUCAACAAACAUGGCGUUUCUUUGUUAGUGCAGAUGAUGCUGUUAUUAUUAUAUGGAAUGUAGAGGUGGUAGAUUUAUUGGCUACACAAAGUGAUCCUUCUAGAACUGGUUUAAACACAGCAGAAGGUAAAAUGAAUAGCAGCAGGGAUAUCAAGAAUCUUGAGGAAAAGUAUCAUCAUAGUAAGAAAAGUGAAGAAUCUGUAUAUGAGGAUAAUGGAGAUGGACAUGGAGUACAUCAUCAGCGACGAAUGAAAAGACGUUCUACAGCAAAGAUGGUAGAUGCAGGAUCUCGUUGGGCUUUAGCGACUGCAGUAACGAGAUCAUGGCGUGUAGAAGGAGGAAUUGGCUGUCUUACAUUAGAACAAACCGAUUCAUCCCAUUUAUUCGUUUCACUUCUCCGAGAACGACGUAUUGUGGAAUAUAAUAGUUUUAGUGGAUCUCCACUAAGAACAUUUGAUUUCCCUACAGGUAUGGAAGAAGUUGUUUCAGUGGCAUGUAGUGGUAUAGGAGCUGGUGGUUUAUUUCUUAAUCCUGUCUCUUUUCUCUGUGGAAGCUUUGAACGAGAACAAUCCCCAAAUGGAGUUACGGCACUUUAUACCUUGUCUAUGGAAGGAGCGGCUAUGUUGAGUGCUGGUGUAAGUGCUAGUGAACAUCGUCGUAUAGUAACAAGUGGUGUUGGGGUUUCAUGUUCUACUAUUGUCUCUACACUGGGUAUUGUGGUUAUUGGACACCGUGGUGGGAUUAGCAUCACUCCAUUAGAUGAAGCGACAACAUGUCCUAUUGCCUGUAUACGAUUGACAGAUCGUCCUGCAAAGAAAAAAGUUGAAAAGGGAAAAGAUACACGAAAGGUUGAGGCGGCAACUGCAACAGAACUUUCUAAACAGAGUACAUUACACGAAGGAGGGAGUUUAGCUAAUACUAUUGUUAGUACUAGUAAUGGAGUUGCUGCUGGUGGUAGUCGUAGGGGAAGUAUAAGUAAACAACGACGUUCUCUGGGAAUGCCAGAAACUCGAAAUUUACACGGUGAACAUUGUCGAGCAUCCCCACCUCUUGAUCUUGUUGCACUUUUUCCUGGUCCUCUUAUUCAAGAUCCCGUUGCCAUCACACGAGAAUGUAUGCAACAGCGAGAACGAUAUUUGUUUUACACAGAUUCAUCCUCUGCAAAUGUCUCUACUCGACCAUCAUUUACAGGUUUAUCUGCUGGGGAUGAAGGUGGUGAAGGGACGAGUACCCGUGAUACUCUGAGUACAGAAGGAGGAGGUCUUAAAAAUGUUGGUAAAGGUGAUGAUUUACCUCCUCUUUUGUUAUUUUCAGAAGAAUUUAUUGCAUCUUCUUCUGCAUUUGGUGGUAGUUUUGGUGUAUUUCUACGGGAACAACUCGCAACACUUGGCUUUGUGGGUCAAGUUGUUCCUAUUGGAUUAGAAACGGAUUAUCUUGCAAGUGGAAGUGAUGAUGGUUUACUACAAGUUUGGAAUCUACGAACUAUGUCAGAGGUGAUGCGAUUUCGGGUAACCCAUACCUUUGAUGCGGUAACGGCACUUGAAGUAAGUCGAGAUGCAUCCCAUAUCGCUGUGGGUGAUGCUAAUGGAUAUGUUUUAUUAUUAGAUGUAAAAAAUGUGGAUUGGAUGUCAUCAGUACCAUUGGAAAUGUGUACAGAUAUUGAAAAUGGUGUACAAUUAUUACAGCGUUGGAGAGGACAUCGACAGGAAGUGACAUCUGUACAAUUUGUACGUGCCUCUCAAUCUGCUGGACAUCGUGAUGCGUCUAGUGGAUUCACACUACAUCGCUCUUCACAUGUCAUGAUGCCUCCCUUUACAAGAGCUACAACUCCUUUGGCCAGUAGUAGUGGUGCUGGUGCUGGUGCUGCUGAUGAGAGUAAGAAAAGUAAAAGUGAUAGUGUUUCCAUAAGUACUACUCCUUCUCCCAUAUUUCUCUGUACAAGUAGCGAGGAUAGCUACAUCUAUGUAUGGUGUUGGGAAGCAGGUCCAGGUCUUGGUGGUUAUGUACAUUGUAUUGGUUGCUUUGGUGGUGGUGUAGAGAAACUAGCAAAACCACCACUUGAUAAAUUAACCGAUAGUGCAUGGAAAGUAAUGGAUGUGGUACGAAAAGCAUACAUGAUGGAACGAUUACUUUCUCCUGGUGGUGUACUUUGUGUACCAAAUGUCCAUGGCGCCAUUCACAGUGCGGCAAAUGUCAUUAUGGAGGAUAUACGAACUGUAAAGUCAGGUCGUCCAUUACUCCAGCGAACAACAUCAACAACUACAACAACACCAAAUGAAAAGGGUUUAACCCCACAACGUCCUUCAAUGGUACGAGACCGCAGUCGUCUUCGCAAUCGAAGUUUUCGAACUAGUUUGGUACGACGUAGUAUUGCUGCCCACAACAAUCCUGGUAAUAAUGAUGAUAAUUACGGGAGUGGUAUUUUUCAUUCAAGUUAUGUCUUGGCGUUUGAAGAGGGACUCUAUCAUGAACGUAGUCUUGUUGAUCUGUUGGAGCGACUAUUGACGGAAAUUCGGAGUGCUGAGAAGAGUAAACCCAAUCUCUCUACUGUGAGUUCGAGACCUGGUGAACUGCGGGGUCUGGAAGACUCGCGAAAAUCUCUCGUGUUGCCCCCUAUUACCAGUAUUCUAGUAGAUAAAAGUGUUCCCUCAGCUGUCUCUGGUGUUGGUGGAGGUGUUGGGGCAACUGCUGUUACUACUCCUGUUGUUAGUCUCGCCACUACGGUUACGAAUGUUACUAUUAAUCCUGUUCCUAGUAACACUCCAACGAAUACUAGUAUGACAGCUACGCCUGCUCCUAGUCUAGCUGCGACAACAGUUAAUAUUAGUACAACUCCUGUUGUUAGUCUUGCGGCGACGGCUACUACUAAUAUUACUGUUACGCCUAGUGCUAGCCUUACGCCUAGUGCUAGUCUUGGUUUGACGGGUGUGAGUGAAGAAGGAAAGGGGAAACAAAUGCCGGGGGAGUUUCCAUUUGCUCCAUCACUCUCUGCCGCAGUUAUCUCAUCAUUAAGAGAUGAAUCACCACAACCACAACCACCACAAGCAGAAACCAUGGUAGAUACAGUACAAUCAUCCCACUCACCGCAUGCGAAUGUCUCCCCCUUCACGAACUACAGUUCUCCAAUUCUGCAAAAGACUCAACCGCAAAGUAGUGCCACACAGCAAGAACAAAAUCAAACACAAUCACAGCAACAACAAAAACAACAACAACAUGAAGAGGAAGAAGUAUCAUCGCCGUCGCCAAUAGCACCAUCACCUGUGCUUCUUUUAAAUGCGGAGGCAGCAGUGUUUCCUGAGCCAUCUGCACUGUUAGCGAUGGCAGCAGCUGAAGAAUGGAGUUGUCUUCCUCCUGUUACUGUAAGUUAUGCAACAUCUAUGCCACUUCCUCGCGCACGCGGCCGCGGUGCCUUACAGCACGCAAGACGAGCGCAUCGUUCUUCUAUUUUGGAAGGACUUCCACUUCUCUCUCAAGUGAUUGGACUACCGGCUGGUGAACGUGAUGGGCGGCAGAGCCAUGGGGUGAAAGUACUGUUAAAGGAAAAGAAGACACGUCGCCCAUAUUAUACCUUUUUUCUUGAACGAGCAAGGGAACAGGCAGCAGAGUCUAAAACAUUUUCAGCAAAUUUGCAAGAGAAGGUUACUUCUCAAAAAGGUGGUAGUAGUCGUCGUCAUCGAAAGAAUCAAUCUUCUCUUUGGGGUCCUACACGUGUAAUGGGAACACUUAUGAAUUGGCAUGCACCAAGAGUAGCAUCCGCUUUAAAACGAAGGUCUAAUACUACUCUUACUAUUGCUUCUAGUACUAUUUCUACUAGUCCUACACCUUCUGUAGCUGGUAAUGUUCCUGUUACUAGUGGUAGUAAUCGUGUUAAUAGUGGAGGUGGAAGUGUCUCCUCUAAGACGGCUGAAAGUGAAUCUGUGUUAUUUCCACUGCCUCUAUUUAUUCCACUCACACUUGGCAUUGGUUGCUCUCAAACGAUGUCUACUACACUUGAGGUAAGCAAAGGUAAGAGUGUGGUGGUAGUGCUGCAGGAGGAGAUGGAAGCCAUGAAAGAAACCCUGCAGGCCACUAUGCGGGAAAAACAAUUACUACUCGCACAGGAACGAGCGGCUUCUCAAGCUAUUGGUGGAAAUAAACGUCGUUCAAUUACCGGUACAAGGUAA